GUUCUGUUCUUGAAUUAGGUUAAGGUCUAGCACUUUCUGCCAGUAUGGAAUUCUCCUCUUCCCCUAACAAACCAGGGCCAAAAAGACCCCGUCGCACUAGAGCUGGGCCUCUGUUGUCUCCCCGUUUAGAUACUCGCUUCACUUCUGCCCGUCCCUAUGACAGCGAUAUCGAAAUCGGGGAUUUCUCCCUCAAGCAUCUAGAUGUUGACGAAGAACGCGUUUACGAUAUUCUCAAUUCCCAUCAUAAUUUCAAAGUCAAUGAAGGGUACGAAAUGAAAGAUCUUCCGAAGUUUGAUGAUUUGACUAGAUACGGUGUUUCAGAGGCUCAAGAGCUCAAGUUAUGGAAACUAGAGGUGAAUCGACUUGUCAGCGCGGUGAAAUCCGUGAAUCCGCCGUUGUUGGAGGGUCCUUCAGAAUGGUACGGAGCUCCUGACAGCGAUGGUUACAACCUUCUCCAUAUCUUUACCCUUGUAUUCCAAUCCGCCAUUGACAUCUACAUACAUGAUAAUCAACUCAUUUUGCUCGAACAUUCGCCCUCUGUAGCAUCAUUAGAAGUUUAUUCUGAGUCCCAUCGAAAGCUAGUCACCUUAUUCGACCCCGAUGAAGGCACCGUGCGAUAUGAUAUAAAUAUUAAGCUAAAGGAGCACCACGACGAAAUAUACCAUGCAAUGAUUAAUUAUAUCACCGCAACACUAGCACGUCUGCUUCUAAGGACUAUGGAUGGGGCGUUCUGGGUCGAUAACUGCCUGGACACGAUCGCAAAAUUUGCAGCCAAAAUCAAAGUUGUCGGGGCUGACCUUCCUCAGUCUGUGUCUAAGACUAUUGGGGCACGAACAGACUUUAGAAUAAGGAUGGAUCAAAUUGCGCGUACUCAGCCUGUCACCUACUCACUCAACGAUAAAGAUGAUGGUGAUCCGUACGCUAAGCAGCAGAGCGCUCUGAAGACCGACCCAAAGACUGCAGGGACAAGAUAUUUCAAGAUGAUGAGUACGUUUCGUAGGAAUAUAUGUUCCAUGUUUUAUUCCAUCACCGUCGACUUGAAAUGGAAUGAAGACUUUGGGCAGGCAGCCGAUGCGUUCGAAACAAGCGCUAUCAUUUACGAUACAGGCUUUCGUGGGGUUAGGACACAACUAUGUCAGAUGAGAGACGGUUGCAUUGGGACUGCAGUUGAAAGAAAUGUUAUCCGCUGUGCUAGCGCAGCAUUCGAAGUUUGCCAGGAGAUCUGGACGCUUCUCGAGUCAGAUAAGGGAUCUGGAAAGCCUGGAAAGCCAUACACGACGUCCUUGAGCUGGAAUUGUACGUGGCUAAGCGGAAAUGGCGUUGCUAUCAGAGAUACAUCGGAUUCAAAGGACUUCAAAGAAAUGAAGGAUGUGAUUACGGCGCUUGUGCCAUACAUCAUAUUCUGUGGGCCUGUUUCCACUCAACUAUCGGUUCUGGCAAAAUUGAUUCUUCUGAUAUCCGACCCUGCCAAACCGGUAAGAUACUAUAGGCCACCAAACCUUCUAGCCGCCGCUAGGUUUCAAACUUCCCAGUACAAACCGAAGAGACUAGAGUCUCUCAAGGUAAAGGGCGUUUUUGACACUAGUAUGGCACAAGAAGGAGCGCGUGCUAGUGUAGUAGGUGGUAGGGAUGAAAAUACGACAGAAAAGAGUCCUCAAGAAAACACCUAUGCCAUCUUUGAGAAGGCAAUGGAACAAGUGGAAACUUGGAUUAUUGACGAGCGGUCUAUAAUAAUCUCUAGCCUCUGGUAUUCUUGGGUUGUCCUAGGGUUCGUUGGAGCCUUAAUCGCUGGUGGUCUAGCACUUAUAGCGAUACAAGGCAAGAUCGCUGGGGUUGACCCUUCGAAUCUUUCGGUACUGAUCUGGACAGCUGCGGGUUUCAUCAUGGUUUACUGCAAGUCAACACGGGUGGAAAAUUGGCCAUGGCGCGAUUUUCUUGGAGGCCGCGUCGUGUGCCGGUCUAUUUCAGAGGUACAAGCAGUUACUAUGAUCGAUCCGCAGGUGUUGCUAGCCAUUCUACUACGGUAUGAGUCGAGUAUGUUCCUGAAGAAGCGCGGUCCCUUCCACAGCCUUUUCGAAAAUAAAUCCGAAGAUGGGUUCUCGAUUGAUGUACCACCGCUCGUCACGACAGCUAUCGCUGGUGGUCACAUCUUCAUGAGAGUUGAGAGUGUCCACGGGCCGGCUUUAGUCGGACUUGAGGCUCGAGCUUGGGAGGAUUGGGUUUCCAUCUCGCCUAAGGAUAACAGAGAUAAAAAACAGGGCUACAUUUGCCGUGAUUUCAAUGACGCUGGAAGGUACCCCCUUCACUCUAGCAAGAAGAAUAAUAGAAUGGCUGGGCGCAAUGAAUCGAAAACCUUACCGCUGUAUAAAAUAUGUACUGACGAAUUAAGAUGGUAUCGGGUGGAAGGAAUUUUAACAGAGGAGGCUUUCUUCAAUUGAAUUGGUGUUUUCUUUUAGCGAUGGAGGUCCCUGGGCGGUUCGGAACUUUGGUACUUGUAAGGCUCUAGCUCUAGGUCUAGGGCUUGGAAUUUGUAGCUGGUAAUCCACUGAUUGUGCACU